GUCCUCCUGUUAUAAACCCUCAGCUUCAUGGAUGAUGGUCACACAGCAGAGUUCUGCAGACAGAAUGAAGAUCAUCGUGUUUUCCUCACUGCUGCUUCUGGUCUGCUCUGUUUCAGCAGAUCAGACGGAGACUGAAAGUCUUCAGCAGACGACUGCAAACCAGCACCCCUGUUUACAGGACAUCCAUGCAGUGCUGAGAGAGCUGACCGCCUCACUGGCUGUACUGAAAGAGCAGAUCUCUGUCCUACAGAGAGAGAAUCAAGAUCAUGAAAACAAACUCAAAGAGGUGGAGAGACAGAAAACUGAGAUCGAACAGCUGAAGCAGCAGCUGAAAGCCAAUCAGGUGGCUUUCUCUGCUGCUCAGUUUGAUAAAGGUGAAGGAAACACUGGACCCUUUAACACACAGACUACUCUGACCUUCAAACAUGUUGUCACAAAUAUUGGAAAUGCCUACAACUCACACACAGGUAUGUUCACAGCACCAGUCAGAGGAGCCUACCACUUUGAAUGGCACAUAUAUGGACAUGGAGACAUUCGUACAGGAGCUUAUUUGUUCAGGAAUGGAGACUAUAUUUUUAGUGCAUAUGAACAUCCAACAUCUGGUGGUGUGAGUGGCUCUAAUGGAGCGUCACUACUUCUAGAGGUUGGAGAUCAGGUGUAUGUACGUCUCUGGGAUGCUACAAGGGUAUAUGACAAUCAAAAUCAUCAUAACACCUUCAGCGGUCAUCUGAUUUUCACCAUGUGAGAGGGGUGGAAAUCAAUACUUCCUGUUUGUAUUGUGGGGUGGGUGUGGCUUAGCCAUUUUUAGAAGUAACACAGGAAGUAAAUCACCUGCUCGAAUCAGUUUCUUGCUCUCUCUCUCUUCCUGGUUGGGUGUUUAUUUGUUUCUACUUCUCUUCUGAUUCUACUCAGAUUCUCGACUUCUUCUUUUAUCUGUGAUUCACAUAAAUCCAGUUCAGUGCUCAGUGAUUCUCUUCUUUGUCCUUCCUUUGAGUCGGGUCUUCAUAAAGUGCUGCUCCUCCAUUAGCUAAUGACUCUUUUCUAUAAGUUGGUAAAGCGCUUUAUUUUUGAUUUGGUGAUUGCUGACCCUGAUUACUAAGUUCCUAUUAAGUUCAGCAAAAUCCAAAAGUUCCUCUUUUUUCACAUAUUUGAUAAUCCUGGAGAUAUUUUUCUGAAACACUUAAAAGAUGUUAAACUUAAUGUGACAAUCAUGAUAAAACUGUAAGCAGUUCUGUCAGUGCUGUGGAGGAAUUGAUCGAAGCUGAAAUGUUUCCUUAUUUUCAUCUGUGUCUGAAUCCAAAUCCACUCACAGAAAACUGACUGUAAACUUCCUCAGGUGCAUUUCUUUCUGUCUUUAGUUUCAAAAUAAAUGCAU